GCGGAUGGAAACAGUGAUAACUAGUCUUCUGUAUAAGAAGGCCCUCCCUUCCAACUGUUAUCCCAUAACACACACCAUUUUCUCCUCCUACUUCUUCUUCUUCUACUCAUUUCACAGUAUUCCAUUCAAGUACAGCCAUGGCCUUUGAAGAAUGGAGUGACUAUUUGGUGAAGGUAGGCCUGUUCAUUCUAGUCCAAGUUCUCGUCUACCUUAUUCUGGCCAGCUCUUCCAAUGUCUUCUCCAACACAAAGAUGAGAUCCUUUAGCUUCCAAUCCACUCGAUCGCUGAGCUUGCGACGUAUGAUUGCCUCGCUCCGCGACUUGCCUGCGGGCGUUGAGCCAUCGCCCCGGUCCUCUGAUCUCAAGGACUAGUUGUGUCCGUAUAUUGGAGCCUCCUCUCUCCAUGGGAAAGGUAGAAUAUACCAGCCUAGAGGGCCUUGGUUGUGGUUAGUUUAUAAGGCAUAGGAAUUGCUAUUUAGGUUGUGAUACAUGAGGCUGGUUGAUGUAAAAUUGCUUUGCCAAUUGUCUUUUGAUGGUAAGAACUGCGUCCAGUUUUUCUUUGUAAUUCUUUUUUCUCUUCAAAUUUUUCCCCCUUUGGAAUCAGUAUCUCUUGUAUCUGGUAUGCUGUGGUAAAGUGGAUCCAACAACAGGAAUGCAUAUUGAUGUAAUUCCUAAACUAUUGAUGUAAAGCAAGGAGCAAUGUCUCUCACCCAUUCCAUUCGAGUAAUGCUAUCAGCCACUCCUAGUAUCAA